GGGGGCUACUUUGUGCCGGCGAGGGUUGACGGGCAGCCGCUGGGUGGCCGAGGGCCGUCUGCCGUCGCCACUGUCAAGCUGCAUUGUUGGCGAGUUGUUGGUGAGCCUCUAACAGUGAAGUCAAGCCACUGCUCGAUGGACGAUGGAGAAGCUCUAGACUGGCUCAAGAUAUCUGAAAUGACCCCCAAGCUCAAGACCAAGGCCGCAUGCAGGAGUCAUACCUUUGUAUGCGGCUGUCUGUGGGCCGUAACCAGCAGCGGCACGUACGUAUGUGGAUGCCAGCAGCAGUCGACGAGAAGCAAACAGACCAACCCCCGCCAGUGUGGUCACAUUCAGGACCUGGUCUGGCGUCGUCGUCUUGCGUCGUCACAGUCUCUCCAUCAUCGACAGCCUUUCAUGGCGCUUCUCGCCCGGACCGGUCACCGCCCAGUCAGCUCCCAUCGGUCGAUCCGUGUCUCAUCGUCAUGCGGCCUCGUGUACAGCAAAAGUCGCCUCGCAAGGCUGGGACCUCGACAUGUGCUCGACUCAUCUCCGGCCUGGCCCUUUUCUGGACAUCGAGCGCGGGGAGAGGCUAAAAAGUGGGUGAUGAGAUGGACAGGAUGCGACUAGGGCGCUAUAGCGGGUGGUAAGCCCCGAAUUAGUGCCAACAGUGCUGUGGUUCUGGGAUCGAGCAG